AUGCUGGUAGGCCUGAGCAACGACGACGACUGGGAGCCACCGCGCGGGUCGACCACGACGACGGCAACAACGUCGCAAAGUCGGCGGUCCGCGCGCAAGUGCCGGCGGAAGCGGGUGUGGGGAUCCGAAGCAGUCGGCGCUGGGCCAAGCUCUGCGAAGAAGAACAAGUCUGUGAUGCCAAAGGUGUCAGAUGCGUUUCGCGCGCGCGACAGGUUGGUGGCCAAGGAGGAGGAGGCCUUAGGACCGCUUGGCGACAAGGAGACCAGCAAGUUUAACAAGCUCAAGAGCGAGUACCACAAGAAUGCUGACAAGUAUGAUGCGGUGACGGUGACAAUCGCGGUUGUUGGUGAGGCGGGGCUGGGUAAGACGACCCUCGUGAACGAGCUCGUGUCGCCGCUUCCACUUCUUGCCAAGGUGGAGAAGUACAAGGUCGAGGAAUAUGAAGUCAGCGACAUCAUCGCCGCGCUCGAAGGCGAAGACCAGACUCUGGAAGAGCUGUACAAGCUUGGGACGGGGCAAGUGGGCAAGUGGCCGCUAAAUGCGGGCGCAGGCGCAACUUCGGUCUCCAAGCUCGUCACGGUCCUCAAGUACCGCGAGGGGUACAACUUUCGACUCGAGUGCUGGGACGGCAACACGCUGCUCGAUUCGCAUGAUGUGAUGCGCGCUGAGUACUACUUGCUGCCGAAGGUGCUAGUUGAGUGGUCGGCCGAAUACGGGGCGCCCGAUGGGCAAGACGCAGAGAAGCGGAUCUUUGUGUUUGGGCCGUGGGCGACUGGCCCCAAAGUGCACGUCGUCGACAUUCCCGGAUUUAUGACUGCAGCCGACGACAACAUGGCGGCGAGCGCGGUGAAGGACGUCGAUGUGGUAAUCCUCGCCUCGAAGCGCGGGGCAAGCGAGGCCAGCAUCGAUAAAGUGGUGAACAUGCUCAUGGCGCACUCGAAGGACCCGUUCUGCGCGCCGGUCUUUGUCAACUACUUUGACGCGAUGGGAAGCGCGCCAGGUGAGGCGAUCGAGCGCCAGGCGCUCGAUCAGUUUGUCCACCACAUCCGCGAUAAGGUCACGGACGAUGCCAUCACAACGACGGCCUAUGCCGCCGACGUCGUGGCGUACCGCCAGGCUCUUGCGGACAAGGCCAUGGUCAUGCCGAACACUGCACUUGUGCUGUACGAUCACACGAUGGCGGGUUUGAAGCAUAAGGGCUUUGGCCAGCUCGACAUGGCGACUUACAACGCUAUGAUCCAGCAGCGGAAGUGGCUCAAUGAGUUCUUCACGCGGCCCAAAGUGUACCAAAAGUAUGUCACGGAGAUGCUCACGGUUGCUGCCAGCCGCAUCGUGGGCGACGCCAUGCGUCCGGCCAUUUCGUACUUGAUCGGCAUCAUGAGCCUCCACAACUUUGAGUGCGGCCGGAGGCAGACGUCCAUCCAGCUUUCGCACGACGGCCAAAAAGAAGCCGAUGCUGCGUUCCUCAAUGCUGAGGUCUCUGACGCCGAUUGGGCCGUUCUCGUGGUGGAGAAACUUCACGAUGACAUGGCCAAAGCCCUCAGCGCCGGAAACGCGACGAUGCUAGUGACCAGGAUCGAGUGCGUCCUCGCGCACUACAUCAUAACGUCGUUCCAGAAGACGCGCCAGGCCAUCAAGUCCAUGACACGCAGGGUGAUUGCUGGAAAGAAGGACACGCCCAGGGACAAGAGCAGCAAGGCGCAGUUCGAGGCGACUUGCGGGGCGAUUGAGAAGACACUGGAGCGCGACCUGGAGCGCCUCAACGUGACACUCGCCCUGGACACCAACGUCGCGCACGAGGUCACGGAUGUCCUCGCGACUUGGACAACUAGCGUCGAGGCUAUGGCGCGACUCAAGUCUAUCGUGAAGUCUGCCAUCGAGGCAUACGUGGCGCCCUUGCGCAACAACCUCAUCAAGUUUGUCGAGAGGUCGCAUCUCCCGCUUGCGGACGCGUGCGAGGCCGCCGCAGAUAUCAACGCGGACAAGCACGCCAAGCCGUGGAAGAGCCUGCGCUCGAUUGAUGAGAGGUUUGCAGCCGACGCCAGCGCCGUCAUGAACAAGUUCGCCACCGAGCGCGACGCGCCUGGCGGCGCCCGCCACAUUGUGUCGGCGGCCGUGACCUCGAUGGCGGUGGCCAUGACCCGCCAGGCCAAGUCAACGGCGCCGCGGCCCGUGCCCAAACUCAAGGUUAAGGUCAAGAUCGAUGCGUCGGCCGAGUUCCUCAUCACCACUCUCGAGUAUGGUAAGAACGCAGAGAGGGUGGCGACGCGGUGCAAGCUCCGCGUGACGACGCCGACGGUGGGCGAGUUUGAGCGCCUCGCCGAGCGCAUCACGCUCGACUCCACUCCAAUCGUCGUCGCUGUGUCCGACACCAGCGAAGCACCCCUCCUGGCCAAGCACGCCAUCGUGUUUCUCGCUCCCAACGCCGAUGCUUUGCAGGGCGUUAAGAGCCUCAUCGCCACGAACGCCAAAACGCAGCUCCUCCUUGACGACGCGUUCUUCGCAGUGAGCGGCCAGGCGACAGCCCACGACGCCGAGGCCCUUGCGGCGUUCCUUGCGGCGUGCGCCGUCGACGAGUGGACGUCGGAAAGUCUGGGCCAGAGCGUGGUGCUCCCAUCGCGGACGACAGCGUUUGGCGCUCUGAUCGACCUUGGCCUCUCUCACAUCGCGCAGGCCCGCGACUCGCGCCUCGGGACCGAGCGGAUCUCGCUCCUCGCCUUCCUCAAGAACGUCAAGCGCCUCGAGGCCGCCAUUCUCUGCGAGGCACGCAAGGCCGGCUCAGCGGCCAUCCGCUCAGACGGGCUUCUGAUCCACAUUAUCCAGAACAAGGCGGCGUUUGCGGAGAACACGACAGCGCACGUCAAAGACCCGCGCUACAUCCUGUCGCUCGACGAGCUGGAGGGCAUCGCACACGCCAUUGCCGACUGCGACGAGCUCGCUCCGGAGUACGCCGACAUCAUGAUCGGUGUCAACCGGGCGCGCUCGGUCUCGGCCAUGGGCCUCGCGUACGCAGUGCGGGGCGCCGCUGGCGUCUCCAAGAACGACGUGUUGAUCCGCGGCAAGCUCAACUCGGGCAUCACCCUUUUCCACGGCCUCAACACCCUCACCGUUGUUCCCACUUGCUCCACCGCCUCGUCACGCUCUGGCAAUGCCGGAAAGGAGACACGCAGUCGGCGCGCCAAGCUCAUCAGCGCCGCCAACGAGAAGCUCGCUGCGCAGGCGCUCGAGCUCCAGUGGUGGACCACUUUUUGCCACAACGACCGUCCUGAUCGGUCAUCGGACACGUCCGACACGCACCAUGGCGCCGCGGCACCCACCACCGUCCCGAUGACGAAGGCCGUGCGUGUCCGUGGCAAGCGCUACUCGUGGACGGUGUUUGAUGGCGAGACAGAGACGACGACCGUGUACUAUGGCCCGGGCACCGUGCCGCUGUCGGACAGUGCUGGCGGCGAGAGCGACGACCGAUUCUGGCCGAUGACGGACGCGCCUGUGGCUCACAUCCAAGUGCCGCACGGGCAUUAUCUUCUGAUCUCCAACCCGGUGGUGAUGGACGUGGCUGGCCGGCCGAUGCGCUCGAGUGAUGGCAAGAUGUAUGCGCUCGAGGAGGGCAAGGUCGCCGUUAUCGUGGCCGGAUCGGAGCGGACUCGGCUCGGAGGCGUUGUGCUCUAUCCCGGUGAGACGCUUCUGACCGAGACGGCCAAGCCGCUGCGCUCGCUUCCGGCUCACGCCGCGCUGCAUGUGCGGAUGAUCGCAGACGGUGCCGAUCCGUUUGACGGCUUCGAACGCUCGGCCGGGGACGAGUUUGUUGUGGUCGGCCCGCGAAGCGAUGUCCGUAGCGAGGACGAUUACUACAACUUGGUGAUUUCGGUGGUUUCGGGUGCGGUCUCGGUGGUGGGGGUGGAGGAACUGCUGGCGGCCGCCGACGGCAGUGGGCAGGUCUUCCCGCCGCUGGCGAGCACGGUGCUGAGUUGGGUGACACCGAUCGACAUUGCGCGCGACGCAGUGGUUCAUCUGCGGGCAGUGGUGGCAGGCAAGGAUGCGACGGGUGUGGUCCGACGGGCUGGCGAGGUGUUCGCGGUCGGGCGGGACGAUCUAGGCUCUGGCGCGGUGGCUUACGUGCCAUACCACGGCGAGGAGCUUGUGCGGGUGGUGUGCAAGCUUGAGCUCGAGGCUAACGAGUGGUGCAUUGUGGCCAACCCGAUGGGCGAGAGCGGGGUGCGGCUGGGCGCGCGCGAGCUGCGGCGCGGCCCGACGAGCUUCUUCCUCCAGCCUGGCGAGGAGCUGGUGGAUCCGCCGGGUGUGGCGAUGACAUACACCAUUGACUAUGGUGAGGCGCUGGUGCUUGAGGCGACCGAACCUUACGAGCCGCAUGCUGGCGAGGAGGCGCACCCCGUGGGUGAGGUGUGGCUCGCCCACGGCCCGCUGGUCGACUACAUUCCACCGUUGGGUGUGCAGGUGCAGGAGGUUCACAGGGCAAUUGACGUGAGCGCGAGUGAGGCUGGCAUCUACGUGGCUACGGCCAAGACCGGUACGAUCCGGCGGAUCACCGCCGAGCGUCUCGGCUCGCCGUUCUACACACUCUCGGCUGACGAAGAGCUCGCUGAGCGCGACGAUGUGGGCGCGACGCCGUACACGACGGCACGGAGCACGCGAUGGGAGGCGGUUUGCCUGCAUUUGCCCGAGGGCGUGGCUGUUGGCGUGCGCAAUGUGGGCACGCAGGCGGUGCGUGUUGAACUCGGCCCGGUGACACUCGCGCUAGAGUACGAAGAGGAACUUGUGCGAGUGGCGCUGCCGACAGCGGCCGACGACGGACGCGGGGCGCAGACCAGCUGCGAGACGUAUCAUGUGAGCUCUGAACUGGGGCCACUGCUGGGCGGUGGGGCAGCGCUGAUGGGCGAGUGGAUGCCGAUGACGACUGCGGAGGGCUGCCGCGUCUUUAUACACCUGGUCUUUGGCUACUCGGUGGUGGUUGACGCGGCGUCUCGCGACGCGCUGCUUGGGCUCUUUGCGGAGCCCGAGUGGGCCGCGAGCCUCCGGCGACAGCUGUGCGGGACUGUCCGGCCGCUGCUCCGGCCGCUUGAGUUCCGCAAGGUAGUGUUUGAUGGCGAGGAACUCAUCCGCGCGGCGCUCGGGCCGUUCCCGUCCACUUUUGCAGUUGUGCCGGGCGUGUGCGUGACGUCUGUCGCCAUCUCGACGUUCCUCGGACAAGAUGGCGAGUCGACGCUUGCGCUCAACACACUUCUUGAGGCGCGAGCUGAGCUGGACUCUGCGCAACGCGUUGCAUGCGAUCUGGAGGCCGAGCGCGAGGCGCAGCGCGAGCAUGCGCGGCAGGCGCUGCGUGCACUCGAGUCGCAGAUUGCUGCCACACGCGAGGAGCUCGAUGAGGAGAUUGUGGCUGCGCGGGCACCGGUCGUCUGGGAUCAUCAGCGGUCAUCAGCGGUCAUCGGGAUGCUUGGUGGCGGUGGUGUCGACGGCGCCAUUCAUCGCGCUGCAGGCCUGGAGCUCCGUGAAGAGUGCGAGCAGCUCGACGGGUGCGAGCCGGGCGACGCCAAGAUCACCCACGGCUACAAACUAGCCGCUCGGCACGUCAUUCACACGGUCGGGCCCAUCGUGUGGACAGAGCUCUGUCGCGAGGACGCCUUUGAGCUUGUCUCGUGUUAUCUCUCCUCCCUCGAGCUGGCAAAGGCCCACGGCUUGACCUCAAUCGCGUUCUGCUGCAUCGCCACCGGUGUAUACGGCUUUCCCAAUGAGCCAGCCGCCCGCUUUGCCGUCCGCGCUGUCCGAGAGUGGAUGGACGCCUCGCCAGAAAACGCCACAGCCUUUGAUCGCAUCGUCUUCUGCGUUUUCAUGGCCAACGACAAGGCUCUGUACGAAGACGCGCUCCUCACCUACUUUCCGCGCGUCGACACAGCGCCCAACUUGGUGCCGGACGCCAAGCCCAAGGCUGGUCUGCCCGACGCGCCUGCCUCCUCGUCAUCGUCGUCCUCGUCCUCGUCCUCCGCUUCCGAAGAGAAACUAUGCUUCGAACCCGAUGCCGACGCCUCUCCGGAGACCAACGAGGACGUUGAUGGCGCAGUACCUGACGGGGCCGAUGUCAUGGACACCGACAUGGGCGCACUGCAGACGGUUGUAACGCCUGGUGGCAAAGCGGUACCGGUGGGCCCUUCAUCCCCGCCUCCACCGCCUCCUCCGCCGGCUGCCAAGUCCACAUCGGCUGCAAAGACGCCGCCGCCGCCGCCGUUUGACCCGUCACAGGCUGGACAAAAGUGCAAACCGGUGCUCAAGCGCGUUCCGCCGCCGCCGGGCUUUUCAUCAUGGAAAAAGUUCAUCAACCGUGUGAUUAAGCCUGACGCCGAGGUGUGCAAGGCUAAGCGGAAGAACGUGCGUCGAACUGGGAAGCAGAGCGAAUGCGUGGUUCAGUGA